GCAAGCGCAAGGAUCAAACGCCCACGCCACUAGCUAGACUUGUGGUCUACCCUUUGAGCUUAUUUUGCAGAAGUUGCUGGGGAGGGGGGUGGGCGGAGCAUCUAGUCAUCCUGAUUUCUUAAACAGACUUUCAACUUCCCUUUGGAGCAAGUUUUUCCCUGCAGUAACCACAGUUCUUAACAGAGGAGAACUGGAUGGUGCUGUACUUCUCUGCGUCCUAGAAAGAUCCAAAGCAUGAGACUAUCAGCAAGAAUUAUCUGGCUUAUGUUAUGGACUGUUUGUGUAGCACAAGAUUGUAAAGGUCCUCCACCAAAAGAAAAUACAGAAAUUCUAACAGGUUCUUGGUCUGAACAAUCAUAUCCAGAAAACACUCAGGCUACCUACAAAUGUCGCCCUGGAUACCGAACACUUGGGACCAUUGUUAAAGCUUGCAGGCAGGGAAAAUGGGUGGCUUUACACCCAUCCAGGAAAUGUCAGAAAAAGCCAUGUGGGCAUCCUGGAGACACACCCUUUGGGUCCUUUAGGCUGGAAGUUGGAAGUGGAUUUGAGUUUGGUGCAAAGGUUGUUUAUACCUGCAAUGAGGGGUAUCAGCUGUUAGGUGAGAUUGAUUACCGUGAAUGUGAUGCAGAUGGGUGGGUCAAUGAUAUUCCAUUAUGUGAAGUUGUUAAGUGCUUGCCAGUGACAGACCCGGAAAAUGGAAGAAUUGUGAGUGGUGCAUUGGAUCCAGACCAGGAAUAUUCCUUUGGACAUGUGGUGCGCUUUGAAUGUAAUGCAGGCUUCAAGGUUGAAGGACAGAAAGAAAUGCACUGUUCAGACAAUGGCCUAUGGAGCAAUGAGAAGCCCAGAUGUGUGGAAAUUUCCUGCACAGAACCAAACAUUGAAAACGGUGAAUCUCUAUCUAAGAAAACAGUUUACAAGGAGAAUGAAAGGUAUCAGUAUCAUUGUCAGAAAGGUUUUGUGUACAGAGAAAGAGGGGAUGCCAUCUGCACAGCUUCUGGAUGGAGUCCUCAGCCUUUCUGUGAAGAAAAGAUAUGCCAUCCUCCUUCUCUUGCAAAUGGUGACUACACACCUUACAGAAUUAAACACAGAGCUGGUGAUGAAAUCGAAUAUACAUGUAAACAUGGCUUCGCUCCUGCAACACAGGAAACUCAUGUCAAGUGUACGAGUACUGGCUGGAUCCCUUAUCCAAGAUGUACCUUUCAACCUUGUGAUUUUCCACAAAUCAAAAAUGGAGAACUAUAUGAUGAAAAGAGGCACAGACCCUACUUCCCAGCACAAAUAGGAAAGGAGUACUACUAUCACUGCAAACCAGGAUUUUUAACUCCCUCAGGGGAAUACUGGGAAAAAAUUCGCUGCACUGUACAAGGAUGGGAGCCUGCAGUCCCAUGCCGCAGGUUGUGUGGAACCCAUUAUAUAAAGAAUGGGGAAUUUUUACAACAGAGAAGAAACUACCUACAGGAUCAGUCUGUAAGAGUCCGGUGUUACUCUGGCUACAGUCUCCCAAAUGGUCAGGACACAGUUACAUGUACAGAGAAUGGCUGGUCUCCUCAACCCAGAUGCAUUCCUGUCAAGAAAUGUUCAAAGUCACAAAUAGAAAUUCAGAAUGGAUUUCUUUCUGAAUCUGAUCUUACAUAUGACCUAAAUAGAAAAACAAAGUUUAGGUGCAAACAGGGGUAUGUAACAGCAAAUGGAGAAACAUCAGGAACAGUUACGUGCCUCCAAAAUGGAUGGUCUGCUCAACCCUCAUGCUUUAAGUCUUGUGAUAGGCCUGUAUUUGAGAAUGCUGGAACAAAAAAUAAUAACACAUGGUUUAAACUCAAUGACAAAUUAGAGUAUAAAUGUCAUUUUGGAUAUGAAAACAGACAUAAAGCUACCAAAGGCUCCAUAACAUGUAAUCAUGACGGAUGGUCUGACAAACCAUCAUGCUAUGAAAGAGAAUGCAGUAUUCCCUUCCUAGACCAAUACUUGGUUGUCAAUCCCAAUAAAGACAAAUAUAAAGUUGGAGAUAUGUUGAAAUUUUUUUGCCGACGAGGACGCAGAGUUGGACCAGAUUCAGUGCAAUGCUACUACUUUGGAUGGUCUCCUAGUUUUCCAACAUGUAAAGAUCAAGUGAGAUCAUGUGAUCAACCUCCUGAACUUCUCAAUGGGGAAUUGACGGGAACAAAAAAAGAACAGUACAGCCAUGGUGAAGUGGUGGAAUAUAAUUGCAAGCCUAGAUUUCUACUGAAGGGACCCAAUAAAAUCCAGUGUGUUGAUGGAAAGUGGACAACCUUGCCGAUAUGUGUUGAGGAUGCAAGAACAUGUGAAGACGUUCCUGAACUUGAGCACGGCUCUGUAAAAUUUCCUAUGCCCUCCUACCGCCAUGGAGAUUCAGUGGAGUUCACCUGCUUGGAAACAUUCACAAUGAUUGGAAGUGGGUCAGUUUCAUGCAUUAGUGGAAGGUGGACCCAGCUUCCUCAAUGUAUUGCAACAGAUCGACUGGAGAAGUGUAAAGCACCAAGGUUAAGUGCACUAGGGGCAAAACUCCCUGAGAAGAAUGAAUUUAAUCACAACUUUAGCAUAAGUUACAAAUGUAGAGGAAAGCAGGAGUACAAACACUCAGUCUGCAUCAAUGGAAGAUGGGAUCCAGAGCCAACCUGUACAAGAGUAGAGAAAAAAUCCUGCCCUCCUCCACCACAGAUUCCAAAUGCCCAAGUUAUGGAAACCACAGUGAAAUACUGGGAGGGAGAAAAAGUUUCUAUUAUUUGUCAAGACAAUUACUUAACACAGGACACAGAAGAGAUGGUGUGCAGAGAUGGAAGGUGGCAAUCAUUACCACACUGUGUUGUGAAAAUCCCAUGUUCUCGGCCCCCUGAAAUAGACCAUGGAUCUAUUAAAUUACCCAGAUCAUCAGAAGAAAGGAGAGGCACAGCUGUGUCCAGAAGUUAUGAACACGGCACUACACUCAGCUAUGUUUGUGAUGAUGGAUUUAGGUUGGCUGAGGAGCAUGGGGUAACCUGCCACAUGGGGAAGUGGAGUGCUCCACCUCAUUGUGUUGGACUUCCUUGCGGACCUCCACCUUCAGUCCAUCAUGGUAUCGUGUCUCAUGAACUAGACAGUUACCAACAUGGAGAAGAGGUGACAUACAGUUGUUCUGAAGGUUUUGGAAUUGAUGGACCAGCAUUUAUUAAAUGUGUAGGAGGAAAGUGGUCCCAGCCACCAGCUUGCAUAAAAACUGAUUGUGACAUUUUACCCAGGUUUGAAAAUGCCGUACUCAUAGAAAACGAAAAACAAUCAUAUAGGUCAGGUGAACGAGUGAUAUUCAAAUGUGCACCAUCUUAUCAAAUGUAUGGAUCCAACAUUGUGACAUGUGUUAAUCGCAUGUGGAUUGGAGAGCUGGUAUGCAAAGAUUCAACAGGGAAAUGUGGGCCGCCUCCACCUAUUGACAAUGGGGACAUUAUCUCCUUCCCUUUACCAGUAUAUGAACCAUCAUCAUCAGUUGAAUAUCAGUGUCAGUUCUUGUACCAACUGCAAGGCAACAAGAAAAUAACAUGUAGAGAUGGAGAGUGGUCUGAGCCACCAAAAUGUUUACAUCCAUGCAUAGUAUCAGAGGAAAUUAUGGAAAAACAUAACAUAAUUUUCCAAUGGAAAGAAAAACAAAAGCGGUAUUACAAAUCAGGGGAAAUGCAAGAAUUUAAGUGUAAAAAUGGAUAUCACCUGGCAACAUCUCAACUAUUCCAGACAUUUUGCAUCGACGGUCACAUUAAUUAUCCCACUUGCACAAAAUCACACUAAAAACAUUAGUAGAAUUUAGUCACAUGCCUUUGCUCAGUUAAAGUGCAUGCAUAUUAUCAAUAGUUUUAAUUUUACUUUUGAAGUAUUGCUUAACUAAAUUUUAUUCAUAAGUAUAAGCUUGUAUUAUUAUAUUGUGAUUAAUCUGGCAGCAGAGAGUGCUGACACAAAGCCACAAGCAAUUUAUUCAAAGUUCCCAGAACAUGAUGUGUCUCGGACUAGACGCAAUUGCUUCCCCAUCUUUCUCUAUCCACCACUUUCCCAAAGCUUCUUCUAUACUUUCUGAUAUACAGUUCUGAUUCACAGUGAACAUGAGACAUAGUGUCUCAGUCCUCAAAAAUGUAACAUUUCAUAAUCUGAAAGAACAAAAUGUCAUGCUUUAUAUUACUAAUGAAAAUAAGUAAUUUGUGCACUUUUGCUUUUGUUGCUAAUUAAUAAAUAGGAAAUUUUGUUAAUUAACUUCCAAAUAUACUACUUUUAUAAUUUUAAAUAUUCAAGUAAUUAUACAAAAGACUUAAAUUUUAAUUGGGUAUAAGCGUGCAUUGACUAUCACAAUAUUUUUACAGUUAAAGAUUUUAAUUAAAAUAUAAUAGUUUCUUUACAUCAUAUCAGAAUAUUUUUAUUCUAAAGCUAAAAAUAUUCAACACCUGUGUUACUCUUGGUUGGUCUGUUUAGUCCCUGCUGAACUUUUGCCCUUUGGCUAGCUUUUUCUCGGUCCCUCUACUCCAGCCAUGUGCUUCUCUCUGUUUUGUGCAAAGGCCACCACAAUUAAGACUUGCGCCUGCUAUUCCAAAGCUACAGUUCCUUCCUUCUGCUGUUUCUGAUUGAAACCUUCCGAAGCUUAUCUUCUCUUGCUCGUCUUCUUGUGACUAUCACAAUAUUGAUGUUAAAAACCUAUGAAAAUUUUGUGUAACUUGUAAACAGGCAAGUUUUGCCCCCAAAACAAUAAAGAAAAAAAUGGUGUUAAAUAUAAUAAACAUAAAACCCAAGUUUGUCUUAAUAAAUGGCAGUGUUGCAAGUUGCUGCCUCUCCUCCCA